AUCACUCCGACUUUUUACUAGCACAUCAACGCACCACGAGCACAACUGGGCUAGCAAGUCAACGCUGUCCAAGAUCAACAUUUGGGACAUGAGGACUUUGCUGACGCUGAAAUAAUGGAUGAGGAGAAGGUCCGUUUUGCUUUCCUGGCCGAUUGGUAUGACCCAGUGGCUUCUCUCCUGCGACGAUACCAGCUCUUUUACUACCCCCAUGACAGCUCCGUAGAGAUGUUUGACGUAAAGAACCAACGCAUCUUCCUCCGGCGGACCAUAUACAACGAGCUGCUGCUGCGGGAUUUAUUCGUGGGAGGCCGCGUCAACAUCUUCUCAAGGCAGCUCCACAUCGUGGACUACGGUGAUAAGUUCACAGCCAAAAAGCUGGGCAGCAAAAAAGAACGGACCCUUGCACUGCUCAAGCCGAAUGGUGUCAACAGGCUGGGCGAUGUCCUGGAAAUGGUCAACGAGGCCAAUCUGAUGGUCACCAGCGCCAAGAUGGUGCACUUGACAUGGAGCCAGGCUGCAGAUUUUUAUGUAGAGCAUCAGUCAAAGCCCUAUUUCAAUACCCUGGUGCAGCAGCUGACUGCCGGUCCCGUAGUGGUGUUGGAGCUGGUGGGCGACGAGGCCGUGUCUGUUUGGAAGAAGCUCAUGGAACCGUGGGAAGAAGCGGUUGACGUCAAGGAAGCGCAGCAAAUCACCCGAGUGCAGUUGGGCAGCGAACUAGCGCACGCCUCUGACUCGCUUACUGCUGCAGCCAAAGAGCUGGAGUUUUUCUUCCCGACCACAGUCUGCCAUGGCCCAGUCAACACGGCCCUCUAUAACCAGAGCACGUGUUGUAUCAUCAAACCUCAUGCUGUUUCCCAAGGCCUGGCCGGUAAGAUCGUCAACUCCAUCAUAGCGGCUGGGUUCCACAUAUCGGCUAUGCGAAUGUUCAACGUGGACCGAGCCAACGCCGAAGAGUUCUACGAAGUCUAUAAAGGCGUCGUGGCAGAAUACGCAGACAUGGUGACUGAGCUGUCUCUGGGACCCUGCUUGGUUCUGGAGCUCCAUGGCGCCGAUGUCGCCAAGAACUUCCGUGACUUCUGCGGGCCUGCUGAUCCGGAGAUCGCUCGUCACCUCCGUCCAUCCACGCUGCGAGCACUCUACGGCACCGACAAAGUCAAGAACGCCGUCCACUGCACCGACCUUCCCGAAGACGCCAUGCUGGAGGUGCAGUACUUCUUCAAGAUCUUGGACGGCUAAACCCUAGACGUCCAGUACAAAAUAAUUGGACAUCUACCUCCGUUUAAACUAAAAAAUGAACACAAACACCACUUUUUUUUUUCUUCUUUAUUGUUUCAGCCAGAUUAAAUAAAGUCACCAGAAGACUUUUCAUAUUUUUCUUCUUAUCAACAUAUAACGGGAUACUGCAUUGAUAUUUAUCAUUUUUAUUUGUUUUCAACCAGCGACUACUUUGGUAUCGGAUUCAAAACAUGACACUUUUUUUUGAGAGAAAUAAAAUGUACAACUGCAUAAAUAUAAAAUUCUUCCACCAUCAACAUGGCUAAAACAUUCAACAGUAAUAGGACUCUGCUAAGAACUACAAAAAAAAACUACAAACGACAGAAACGGAGGGGGGAAUGAAAAGCGUACAAAUCCUUCCUGGAUGGUUUCCGGUACCGCGCUAGUAUCUCAGUUAGUCGUACGCACACACAAACACGCGCGCAGGCACACAGAAGCGGACGAGACGAGAUUUUACGACACAAAUACGUCAGUAGUAGUAAGUAGUAGUAGUGGAGUUGCAGUUUUAUGUAUUUUUUUUUUCAUAGUAUGGACGCGUCUAAAGCUCCAAAUUUAUCAUCAUGUACAGCAGAAUAAAUAGGAUUUGCUUUUUUUGCUAUUGCUACGUCCGAAAACGUUGGACAAGACACAAGAUGAAGCGCACGCUUUUUUUUUUGUUUUUGUUCCGGCGAGCAGUGACUCUCAACAAUCGAAAAGUGGCGGUCGGAUUCAAAAUUUAGAUUUAAUUAAAUUUGAAUUUUGGCUGAAAUGAAGUUAGGGUUUGUAUUUGUGAGAAAUUUAUGGUUAGGUUCAUUUUUUUUUUUAGAUUUUUAAGAUGGAAAGUAUA